UUUCUGGCAGCUUUGACGUGAAUGACGCCUUUGGGGGUUUGUAAGGCGUCAUGUUUGGUGGGUGGGCUGUGAUUCCUAAUCGUGUGGACAGGGGUUUGGUUAUAUCAGUUGCUUGUCCCAACGACGUCUCUCUCUGUAUUCUCAACUUUUUUUUUUCGGGGAGAUGGACAAUAAAUCAACCCUUAUUCGACUUACCCGUUGAUUGCAACGCCGUUUGUUCCGUUUGUUCCGUUUGUCCCGGAAUGCUCCAUGUUGUUCGAAGGGGGGAAAAGGGGGAAAGGGGGUGAGGGGCUCAGGGGCUCAGGGGAACGACCCGCAGGGAAGGAAUCGGAUGGAUGCAAGUGAGCAGUGAGCAAACGUAUCUCUCCAAGGCGAAUGGAACAAUAAUGUCAACGAGGGCUUUCCUUUAUCGACAAAGUCCUUUCUUCACACGUCUUAUAUUUCUAGGAACGCAAAAAGAGAAGGGAGAAAAUAUCUGCAAGUCCCAAAGGCUGCAGAACCCACAUGCAUCGACUACGCUGGAUCCUUCACCCCUGCCGGUAAGGGUCCGGCUUCACCAUAGAAGAUCGCACGUUACUACAUGGAGUAGGCAAAGAGGCGAAAUGGCCCACGUUGGAGCAUAUGGCCCAUACCCCGCUAUGUCUUUCAUAUCUGCAGCGAGUCGGGCCCUGGGCCGUGGGCCAUGGGCUGUGGCAAGCCGCAAGGCUCGAGAUACGAUGAUCCGGAGGCACCUGGACGGGAAUCCACGUCUUUGCUGCACCAUGUGGUCUCACCGCCGUGUUGUUAUUUGGUACCAAACUCUUGUGGGAUAAGCCGGAGAAGGGAUAUGCACGUUGCGAGCCGUUCUCGGAAAGUCUCUGAACAUCAGCGUAUCGCUGGGUCCACGGAUCAACGGCGG